AUGCCCCCGUAUGUCGCCCGCGAUGCUGUCCUGAGGACUUCGAAGACGCUUUCGCAUCUGUUGAGACCUAAUGUUCGCUUUUCUCACACACAGCGCAGGACUUUGCCUGACUUCUCGCUUGAGGGCAAGGUCGCUGUUGUGUGUACGCAGCAGAAUGCGACACGGAUCUUAGCUACCCCUGUUGUCCUCUCACGAGACAUCAAACACGGUUACAAUCAAGCUAAUGUGCUAUUCAGUGCAUCUCAAGGGCUUGGUCAACAGAUCCUUGCCGCCUUCGCCCUUUCCGGCGCCCAUGGAGCCAUUGUAGACCUUAAGCAAGAAGGCGCCGACAAAUCAGCCAGUGCCCUCAUUGAAGAGGCUAAGAAUCAGGGCCUCUCGCCCCCGAAGGUGCAUGGCUACGAAUGCGACACAUCGUCCGAGGAAGGCGUCAAAUCUACGUGGGAGAAGAUUGUCAAAGACUUUGGGACCGUGGAUAUCCUCGUUACGAAUGCUGGUAUUACUGGUGGCGCACCAGCCGAGGACUACCCAUUCGAAGACUUCAAACGAAUGAUCGACGUCAAUCUGACUGGAACCUUCCUCUUCUCUCGCACAGCGGGUAAAUGGUGGAUCGACAACAAGGUCGAUGGCCGCAUUCUGAUCGUCUCAUCAAUGUCCGGCUCCAUCGUCAACCGCCCACAGAAGCAGUCGGCGUACAACGCUUCCAAGGCUGCAUCGGCCCAUCUCAUGAAGUCUCUGGCGUCAGAGUGGGCGCCGCACGGUAUCCGCGUCAACGCACUGAGCCCGGGAUACAUCCAGACCGAGGCUAACGAGGGGGAAGAGAUGGAGAAGCUGAGCAAAGAGUGGUUGAAGGAUAUUCCCAUGAAGAGGAUCGCCAAGCCAGAGGAGUUCCGCGGGGCGGCCGUCUGGUUGGUCAGUGAUGCUAGCAGCUACGUCACGGGUAGCGAGAUUAUCGUGGAUGGGGGAUACACUAUCUGGUGA